AUGACAGCAUGGAACUCCCAAGCCGCUACAUUGAACAGCCGCUUGGUAGCAAGGGCAGUCAAUAGAUAUGAUCGCCAGGAGACCAUUUCAAUUCUAAGAUACCAAAGCAGCUUGCUCUCCAAGACUCGCAACUCAGUGUUAAACCCACAUAGUCCCCUUGGUGUUUCAUCAUCAUUGGUUCAUCCACAACGAUUCCGUGGGCCUUCUUCGCCCAUCAAUCUCCACGUCGGUUCAUUGUCCUACUUUUCGAACUGGGGUGGUGGCCCUCCCCGUCCUGGUGGUAACAGAUGGAUGCAAGGAGCUGGCUUCCUUGGUGCUGGUGCCAUGCUCCUCGGGAAGACCAAGUACCUUAUUGGAGUCUUGAAGCUUACAAAGCUUGCUUCCCUUGGUUCGAUGAUCUUCACCAUUGGCACCUAUAGUAUGUUCUUUGGACUACCAUAUGCUGCUGGAAUGGUGGGAUUGAUUACCGUUCAUGAGGUUGGACAUGUGCUGGUAAUGCAUCAAAGAGGAAUUCCCUUCUCUCCCAUGGUGUUUAUGCCCUUUAUGGGUGCGAUGGUUCAAAUGAAUCAGCGGCCAAGAAAUGCUUGGGAAGACGCUCUCGUCGCAUUUGGAGGUCCUGUGGCUGGUUCGUUGGCAGCUGGUGGAGUUGCUGUGUCCGCACACCUGACGAAUUCACCAUUGCUGUUUGCCCUUGCCGACUUUGGAUUCAUGGUCAACCUCUUCAAUCUCAUUCCUCUAGGUUCCAUGGACGGUGGAAGAAUUGCUGGUGCUCUCUCACCCUGGGCUCAUGUCGCUGGUUUGGGAAUUGGUGGAACGUUGGCCGUAAGUGGAAUGAUACACAAUCCAAUCUUCUACUUGAUUUUGUUGUCGGGAGGCUGGGAGACCUAUCAAAGGUUCUACAACAAAGGAGCAAUUCCCCCUGGCUAUUAUGCAAUUACUCCAGUGCAACGAGCGGCAAUUGGACUUGGAUACAUAGGCUUGGCUGGUGGAUUAGCCCUUGCAAUGGAUGUCAACGAAAGAUUCAAGAAACCACCUGAGGUGCUCAUGCGCGAAAGGGAAUUGGAAAAACACUGGGAUAUGCGUUGA